AUGACCACACCGGCUGGUGAUUGCCGCGAUGACCUGCCUCUCAAGUACCGAAGACUUUGUGAUACGUCCGAAGCUUGGGGCAUCGUCCUGGAAACUGUGGCUGCCGUGGGGGCUGUGACCACAGUGGCCUUCAUGCUGGCUCUCCUGGCCCUCAUCUGCAAGGUGCAGGACUCCAACAAGCGGAAGGUGCUCCCGGUCCAGUUCCUCUUCCUUGUGGGUGUGCUGGGGGUCUUCGGCCUGACCUUCGCCUUCAUCAUCAGGCUGGACAGCUCCACGGGGCCCACACGCUUCUUCCUCUUCGGCGUCCUCUUCUCCCUCUGCUUCUCCUGCCUCCUGGCUCAUGCUUUCAACCUGACGAGGCUGGUCCGCGGCUGGAAGCCCCUCUCCCUGCUGGUGAUGCUGGGCCUGGCGGUGGGCGUCAGCCUGGUGCAGGACGUCAUCGCCAUCGAGUACCUCGUCCUCACCAUGAACAGAACCGAUACGGAAAUCUUCGCGGAGCUCCCUCCUUCUCGGCGCAACGAAGACUUUGUCAUGCUGCUCAUCUUCGUCCUCUUCUUGAUGGCCCUGACCUUCCUCACGUCCUGCUUCGCCUUCUGCGGCCCCUUCACCGGCUGGAAGAGGCACGGAGCCCACAUCUAUCUCACCACGCUCCUCUCCAUGGCCAUCUGGGUGGCAUGGAUCACCUUGCUGAUCAACCCUACCCCUGACACCAUGUGGGACGAUACCAUCCUCAGUGCAGCCCUGGUGGCCAACGGCUGGAUCUUCCUGUUGGCUUACGUGGCACCCGAGUUUCAGCUGCUCACCAAGCAACAGAACCCCAUGGACUACCCUGUGGAGGAUGCUUUUUGUAAACCUCAGUUCAUGAAGCAGAGCUAUGGCGUGGAGAACAGAGCCUACACUCAAGAGGAAAUCACUCAAGGUCUUGAAGAGCUAGGUGAUACCACCUAUGUCCCUUAUACCACUCAUUUCCAGCUGCAGAAUCGGAACUCCCAAAAGGAUUUCUCCAUCCCACGGGCCCAGACUCGCGUGAGCCCUUACAACGACUAUGAAGGAAGGAAAAACGGCAGCUAG